AUGUCAUACGCUAACGUUGCCGCUAAUGGCUCCAGUCCAAAACCUGACCAGGCCUCAGAAACUUCCCAUACUUCGUCGACUUCUCCUUCUGUCUCCAACUCCGAUGUGGUCGCUGUGGAAUCGGAAAAGCCUUCUGAUACUACCACUCAGGAAGAGCAGGCCGCUCCCGCUCCGAAGAAAGAAAAGAAGUCUUUAGCUCCCGCUCCUGUUCCAACGAAAUCUGUUUGGGGUGCCUCUGCCGCUAGCGAUUCAGCUGCUGUGGAUGAACACAAGUGGCCGACUCCUGACAAAGCCCCUGUUCUUCUGCCUGUGGCUCAACCUGCCAACAAGGCUGCCACCAAGUUCAUCAAACCUAACAAAUGGGUGCCAAUCAACGCCAAAGUGGUUUUGCCAUCGCCUAGGUCUCAAAACGUUGGUACUGGUGGCCAGCAGAAAUCUAAGAGAAAGAAUAAGGCCAACCGCAAGAAGGCUGCUGGGUCUGAUUCGCCCUCUCAGGACGACUCUAUCAAGACUGAGAAGAAGAAGGACGAUGAGGAGCUCGACCAGGAGGCUCUAAAAGAUGUCACCGGUCACGAUCUCGAAGGCGCCGCUCAAGGCUACUCACAAGAUAGAAAGAGGUAUAGCACUGGUGCUGCCCAGGCCUCCGGUCAACAGGGCCAAAAACCUAACAGAAAGUUCAGCCCUCAGGGUGUGCCAGUCCAAAACGGCAAACCACCCCAGCAGAACCGUCAACAACAAAAUAGCUACUACAAUCCUUACGGAAACAACCAGGGCUACAACAACUUCAAUGGUCAGAGGCAGUACAGAUCUGGCAACCCCGGCCAGUACAGAAGAAACAACAGCUCUGGUAACAUCCAAAAUGCAUACCCAAAUGGUUACCGUGGCCCUAUGGGCAUGCCAUUUGUGCCUCACAUUCCCCACCAUCCUAUGCCUCAGGGCAUGAUCCCAGGCUUGCCUUAUGGCGCCCCAUGCCACCCUAAACAGGAGCCUCUGCAAGCAUUGACUCAACAGGUUGAUUACUACUUCUCUCUUGAAAACUUGCUCAGAGACAUUUUCUUGAGAAAAAACAUGGGUACCGAAGGUUGGAUUGAUUUGGACUUGAUCCUUAGCUUCAAAAGAGUCAAGAUCAUCACAAAUGGUAUUCUGAACGCAUUUGAGGUCACUGAUGAGGAGCAAAGGGCCGAAUUGUUGGACCAGACCAUUUUGGCUGCCGUCCAGAGAUGUAAGAAUGUUGAGCUUGGAUAUUUGAAUGGCAAGGAUAGCAACAACGCCACCGCCACCGAGGUCCAGUUGAGAGUAAAGAGCAACUUUGAGCAGUGGUUGUUACCCGACAACGUUCAGUUGUAA